CGGCCUGUGGGUCAAGGAGCCGAGAAAGUAUUUGAAGAUAGCGUUCUCGGCCGAUUCGUGGACCUGAUCGAAAUCUGGGGCGACAUCUCUAAGUACAACCUUUUGGGCGGACGCGAUACUAAAAAGGAAGAAGGGAUGCCGCCAUGGGACCAAAAGUCGACCUUCUACCAGCUCCGUAAAGAAAUAGACGCCUUCUACACACGACUUCCGGAAUGCUUCACCUGGUCCACUUCGAAUUUCUGGAGACACUCUAACAGCAUAUACGUGUCAUUUCAUAUGCUGGCUGCUCUCUGCAGGAUCGUGCUGCAUCGCGAAUAUAUCCCUUUGAUUGCCAUCAACUGCGCCAGGCCGAUGGGCCCUAUGGCGGAGCUCGCAUUUGACCCCGGCGCUGCUCCCGAUGGCCAUUGGAAGCGAAGCGCAGAGCAGAUCUUCAAGGCUGGUAGGGAAAUAAUCGACCUUAUCUCGCUAUGUCGGGACAAACUUCCUCAUCCGUCGCUGGUCAUGUUCGCAGUUUGGCAAGCAGCGUUUGUGGGAAUAUACGCACGGCACUACCCUCACAUGGAUACUCAGAAUCACAUGUGCAGUGAGCAUGAAGUCGGAGAGCGAAAAUCGAGAUCGAUGUCUAACAACUGGCUGACGACAACCAUUACUUACCAGGCGUUGACAAAGGCUGCACCUUACUUCAGCCUGGCGUCCGAUUAUGUCAUAUACCUGAAAAGCAUGGAUCAGUGUCUCACUGAAAUCAACUCUGACUGCAGAGAUGGAGGAUCUAGGCAGAGCAGAGAUGAUCCUUUGAUCAUUCGACGAGAUGGGCGUGGCGGCGAUUGGGGCGGGCGGAGGGAUCCCCGGCCAAUCUACCAGCAAGCCGGCUCCCAUGACUCCUCGACUCAUGGUCUUCCACCAACGCUCGGCUCAUCGCAAAACGAAAUGGGAAUGGCUAGCAUGAACGCAAAGGAAUUGAAGGCCGACGUGUAUGUACGAUAUCAACAGGGCCGGCGGUUGGGCACCAUGUUCGAAGACAUUUUUGAGUUUGCUACCGGAGGCAAAGGCUGCACGCCGAACUUGGGAUCGCGGAAUACAUUCGAUCCCCCAUUCCGUUGGGGCAGUGAUCCGUAUUCAAGACUGUCAUCCAAUGAAUCGCAGCCUUAUGUGAGGGUGUGACGACGACUUCCGUCGCCUGGUAUGACAAAGAAGAAGAAUUUACUCGGAAGAAGCUCGGCACGGACGACAAGCACGGCGACUACAUGGGCGUCCCUCUCGAACUACGAUCUAUUGCCGAAGCGAAGCACCCUUCUGGACUUUUCGAUCCUAGCAAUCACUUCUACGAUGUAAUCGAGUCGAGCCCGUCCCGCU